AAGUAUUUCCUCCCACUCUCCUGAGGGAAGGCAGAGAGCUUUUGUGUGAUCAGAGGAGCAGCAAGACACAGAGCUCCUGGACCUCUCCUGUCUGUGAUCCAAGGUCCACGACCGACCGCCAUACGGUGCCAGAAAGAAACACUGCUGAAGAAAAGUCCACACACCACCAUGAAUGACUCAACGCCCACAAUGAAUGAUUCAGAUCCCUUCUCUUGCUAUCAUCCAUCUAUUGUGGGUUAUCGAUACUUUGCUGUGACGUGGGGCAUUAUCGUGUCUUUGGUGGGGACAUCUGGCAACGUGUUAACAGUUGUUGCCUAUGCAUUGGAUAAAAAGCUGCAGACCCGAUUCAAUCUACUCAUCAUCAAUCUAACUCUGGCGGACAUCUUGUACUGUACGUUUUUACAGCCCUUCUCUGUAGACUCAUACCUUCACCUGUACUGGAGAAGUGGAGAAAUCUUCUGCCGAGUCUUCGGAAUGCUGUUGUUUGUCUCUAAUUCUGUAUCGAUUAUUAAUCUGUGCCUCAUCGCUGUCAGCCGUUACAUUCUCAUCACAAACAAUAAACUGUUUGAUCGUAUUUUUUGCAAGUUGGGUGCAACACUCAUUCUCCUGGCCACCUGGAUGGCAGGAUUUGCCAGCUUUGCACCACUUUGGCCAGUCUAUGUUUUAGUUCCAAAAGUUUGUACCUGUAGUUUCCAUCGUAUAAAAGGAAGACCUUACACCACCAUUCUAAUGGGGUUUUACUUUGUGGUAGGCCUAAGCUGUGUUGGGAUCUUUUAUUUGCUCAUCCAUCUCAAAGUUAAAUCUGCUUCCAAGGCUUUGGACCAGUACAAACUUGCCAAAACCAAAAAUACAAAGUCAAAUGCUUCCAGUGAUAAAUCUGGUGUCAACAGUAAAUUUCAUGACAUAGAACUAGAAGACAGUGGUGUAGAUACAGCAGCCUCCAGUGAAAUCAUCUCAGAACAGGUUACCUCUUCAAAAGUUACAGUGACCUCUCAGUCUACAGAUUAUGUUAGAUCAGCACCUGCCACAGUAACCCAACCAAAGGACUCUAGUUCAGAUUUCAAAAAGGUCACUCGCAUGUGCUUCGUGGUUUUUCUCUUCUUUGUGGUUAGCUAUAUCCCCUUUUUACUGCUCAACAUUUUUGAUGCCAAAAAUGCAGCACCUCAAGUUCUUCACAUGAUAGCAGCAAAUCUUACUUGGUUAAACAGUUGCAUCAAUCCUAUACUGUAUGCAGCCAUGAACCGCCAGUUCCGUGAGAGUUACAGAAGAGUUUUUUCUCUAAUCAUUAACAAAUUCAGAGGAAUAUAAGAACCUGACAUUGUGACUGGACACAUGAAUCUUCAAUAUUCAAGAGCAAAAUGUGAGCAGUAGACAUCAUUCAUGAACUUUUGAUAUGGCUUUCCAAAGUCACUAUUAAAGCACCUUUACCUAUAUUUAAGUAUUUAUGGACAAAUACAGAUUAUGCCAUGGAAAGAAGCUAACAAAAUAGUGUAUACUGUUGCAAUUAAAAUACAUUUACAUUCUUUUUUUUUUAGUUUUUAUGGGCAAAAACUGAUGGUCAAAAUGUAAAUAAGUUUAUUUUCAUGCACUUAAACAUAUUUGUAUAUAUUAUAUUUAUAAAGCUGUUUUAUAUACAUAUUGAUAAUAAAUGUUUAUAUUCGUAUAA